CGACCAGGAGUGUUUAUCGCGGUCGAAGUGUUUAUAGCGGAGACAGUAAAUUAACAGUAAAGAUUUCACCAUCGAUCCGCCCGUCUUCCGGUAGCUGCAAGAUAUUUCGCGAUUAAUUUGGGAAUCGUAUGAGAUAAUGAAGUAACAUCACGCGUGGAGAACAUUUCGGUUGAAAAAUCGGUGCUUCAACCUUUUGCGGCCUCCGAUUGACUUUGCGAUCGCGUGACCGCACUUCGCUUCCCGAGGAAGGCUCAUUCGUGUUUAAAAACGCAUCCUUCGCGCAGAGUGUCGGAGAACACCUCCGCGAUAGGAUCAGAAUCUCUCGACUAGUUCUACGACCGCCCGCGAUCUCGAGAAGAGUGCCCGAUCUUUUCUAAAGAUACAAGAAGUCCAUAGUUGAAGUCGGGUGAAAAAUAUCACUCCGCGAGCAUCCUGCUGAGAGAGGAAAUCGACAAGAGAGCAUUGAGAAGACGGAUCGAGCGCGUACGGGUCGCGCAGCAUCCAACAUGAGUAUUAUGGCGACCUUUGUGACAGGAUGGUCUUGGAUGACCGUUUUUCUAUUCUCCUGCCUGCUGAGUCUUCUCGGAGUCCUGCUAGUGCAACGCGUAAAAUUCCUAUACGCUUUGAGGAAGGUGCUCUAUCCCACCGCGUUGCCUCUCAUCGGCAACGCUUAUCAGCUCAACUGCUCGCAAGAAGAGUUCUUCCAGAAGCUGGUGAAAUGGGCGGACAAAUUUGGCGACAUUUUUCUGGUCUGGGUCGGUAUGCGGCCUUUCAUCUUUCUCUACAGAGUGGAGGCUGUGCAACCUCUGCUCCAUAGCAGCGUGCACAUCGACAAGAGUCUCGAAUAUCAAUACUUGAAGCCUUGGUUAAAUACCGGUCUGGUAACUAGCUCCGGUGAGAAAUGGCACCUCCGCAGGAAGUUGCUGACGCCGUGCUUCCACAGUGGCCUCCUUGAAGUUUACUUGAAAACCGUGAAAGAAGAGACGAGCAUUUUAAUUUCCUGCCUCGAGAAGGAAGUGGGCAAGUGGUUCGAUGUUGUUCCUUACGCAAAACGCAUCGCUCUCGACAUUAUAUGCGAUACUGCAAUGGGCUAUAAACUUAACGCACAAAAGAACUACAAUGAUGAAUACGUUAAAGCUGUGGACAGAGUCGCAUCCAUUGUACAGAUGCGAUUCACAAACGUGUGGAUCUCGUCAGAUUCCAUUUUUAAACUGACCACAGUAGGCAAGGAGCACGACCACUUAAUUCGGGUGAUCCAGAAAUUAGUCGACAAGGUAAUUCUUUCUGGAGCGUGUCGUGAUACUCUCGGUGGGUUGCCAUUACCGCCGAGAGGUGACGAUCGUAUAAAAACCGACCGGUCUUCGGUCGGAUUUGAACUCGGGUCUUAGGCUCGCUAGAUCAGC